AGCAAUUGUCGAAUCCUACUCAGCCGAAAAGGGGGUACUUAUGUAUGGCGGAACGGGCCAAUCUGGUCUUUCAUAAUAAAGAGAUAGACGGAACUGGUAUGAAACGACUUAUUAGCAGAUUAAUAGAUCAUUUUGGAAUGGGAUAUACAUCCCAUAUACUGGAUCAACUAAAGACUCUGGGCUUCUAUCAAGCCACUACUACAUCGAUUUCGUUAGGAAUCGAGGAUCUUUUAACAAUACCCUCUAAGGGAUGGUUAGUCCAAGACGCGGAACAACAGAGUUUUCUUUUGGAGAAACACUAUUAUUAUGGGGCUGUACACGCGGUAGAAAAAUUACGCCAAUCUGUUGAGAUAUGGUAUGCGACAAGUGAAUAUUUGAAACAAGAAAUGAAUUCAAAUUUUCGGAUAACGGAUCCUUCUAAUCCAGUCUAUCUAAUGUCUUUUUCAGGAGCCAGAGGAAAUGCAUCUCAAGUACACCAAUUAGUAGGUAUGAGAGGAUUAAUGUCGGACCCUCAAGGACAAAUGAUUGAUUUACCUAUUCAAAGCAAUUUACGCGAGGGACUUUCUUUGACAGAAUAUAUAAUUUCCUGCUAUGGAGCCCGCAAAGGGGUUGUAGAUACUGCUGUACGAACAGCAGAUGCUGGAUAUCUUACACGUAGACUUGUUGAAGUAGUUCAACAUAUUAUUGUGCGUAGAAGAGAUUGUGGUACUAUCCGAGGUAUUUCUGUAAGUCCUCAAAAUGGGAUGACGGAAAAACUUUUUGUCCAAACACUAAUUGGUCGUGUAUUAGCAGACGAUAUAUAUAUCGGUUCACGAUGCAUUGCCGCGCGAAAUCAAGAUAUUGGAAUUGGAUUAGUCAAUCGAUUCAUAACUGCCUUUCGAGCACAACCAUUUCGAGCACAACCAAUAUAUAUUAGAACCCCCUUUACUUGCCGAAGCACUUCUUGGAUCUGUCAAUUAUGCUAUGGCCGGAGUCCUACUCAUAGUGAUCUGGUGGAAUUGGGAGAAGCCGUAGGUAUUAUUGCGGGUCAAUCAAUUGGGGAGCCAGGGACUCAACUAACAUUAAGAACUUUUCAUACUGGCGGAGUAUUCACAGGGGGUACUGCCGACCUUGUACGAUCCCCUUCGAAUGGAAAAAUCCAAUUCAAUGAGAAUUUGGUUCACCCCACACGUACCCGUCAUGGACAGCCUGCUUUUCUAUGUUAUAUAGACUUGCAUGUAACUAUUCAGAGUCAAGAUAUUCUAUAUAGUGUGAAUAUUCCCUCAAAAAGCUUGAUUCUAGUGCAAAAUGAUCAAUAUGUAAAAUCUGAACAAGUAAUUGCGGAGAUUCGUGCCGGAACGUCCACUUUACAUUUUAAAGAAAGGGUACAAAAGCAUAUUUAUUCUGAAUCAGACGGCGAAAUGCACUGGAGUACUGAUGUUUACCAUGCGCCCGAAUAUCAAUAUGGUAAUCUUCGUCGAUUACCAAAAACAAGCCAUUUAUGGAUAUUAUCCGUAAGUAUGUGCAGAUCCAGUAUAGCGUCUUUUUCACUCCACAAGGAUCAAGAUCAAAUGAAUACUUAUGGUAAAAAAGAUAGGGAAAUUCUUGAUUAUUCAACGUCGGAUCGAAUCAUGUCCAAUGGCCAUUGGAAUUUGAUCUAUCCUUCUAUUUUUCAAGAUAAUUCAGAUUUGUUGGCGAAAAAGCGAAGAAAUAGGUUCGUCAUUCCAUUACAAUAUCAUCAAGAACAAGAGAAAGAACUAAUAUCCUGUUUUGGGAUUUCGAUUGAAAUCCCCUUUAUGGGUGUUUUACGUAGAAAUACUAUUUUUGCUUAUUUUGACGAUCCCCGAUACAGAAAAGAUAAAAAGGGUUCAGGAAUUGUUAAAUUUAGAUAUAGGACCCUAGAAGAAGAAUAUAGGACUCGAGCGGAAGACUCAGAAGAGGAAUAUGAGACCCUAGAACACGAAUACAGGACCCGAGAGGACGAAUAUGAAACCCUAGAAGAAUCUAAAUAUGGAAUCCUAGAAGACGAAUACGAAUAUGAAACCCUAGAAAACGAAUAUGGGAGCCCAGAAAACAAAUAUGGGAACCCAGAGAACGAAUAUAGGACUUUAGAGAAAGACUCAGAAGAGGAAUAUGGGAACCCAGAGAGCAAAUAUAGGACCCAAGAGGACGAAUAUGGAACUUUAGAAGAAGACUCAGAAGACGAAUAUGGCAGCCCCGGGGAAAGCGGCGAGGAAAAAUAUGGUACUUUAGAGGAAGACUCAGAAGAAGACUCAGAGGACGAAUACGAGAGCCCAGAGGAAGAUUCCAUCUUAAAAAAAGAGGGUUUGAUUGAGCAUCGAGGAACAAAAGAAUUUAGUCUAAAAUACCAAAAAGAAGUAGAUCGGUUUUUUUUCAUUCUUCAAGAACUUCAUAUCUUGCCGAGAUCUUCAUCCCUAAAGAUACUUGACAAUAGUAUUAUUGGAGUGGAUACACAACUCACAAAAAAUACAAGAAGUGGACUAGGCGGACUGGUCCGAGUGAAGAGAAAAAAAAGCCAUACGGAACUCAAAAUAUUUUCCGGAGAUAUUCAUUUUCCUGAAGAGGCAGAUAAGAUAUUAGGUGGGUGUUUGAUACCGCCAGAAAGACAAAAAAAAGAUUCUAAGGAAUCAAAAAAAAAGAAAAAUUGGGUCUAUGUUCAACGGAAAAAAAUUCUCAAGAGCAAGGAAAAGUAUUUUGUUUCCGUUCGCCCUACAGUGGCAUAUGAAAUGGACGAAGGAAGAAAUUUAGCAACACUUUUCCCGCAGGAUCUCUUGCAAGAAGAAAAUAAUCUCCAAAUUCGACUUGUCAAUUUUAUUUAUCAUGAAAAUAGCAAGUUAACUCAAAGAAUUUAUCACACAAAUAGUCAAUUUGUUAGAACUUGCUUAGUAGUGAAUUGGGAACAAGAAGAAAAAGAAAAGGCUGGUGCUUCCCUUGUUGAGGUAAGAGCAAAUGAUCUUAUUCGCGAUUUCCUAAGAAUUGAGUUAGUCAAGUCCACUAUUUCGUAUACACGAAAAAGGUAUGAUAGGACAAGUGGAGGACCGACUCCCCAUAAUAGGUUAGAUCGCGCCAAUAGCAAUUCUUUUUAUUCCAAGGCGAAGAUUGAAUCACUUAGCCAACAUCAAGAAGCUAUUGGCACUUUGUUGAAUCGAAAUAAAGAAUACCAAUCUUUGAUGAUUUUGUCGGCAUCCAACUGUUCUCGAAUUGGUUUAUUCAAGAAUUCAAAACAUCCCAAUGCGAUAAAAGAAUGGAAUCCUAGAAUUCCUAUUCUAGAAAUUUUUGGGCCCUUAGGGGCUAUUGUAGCUAGUAUAUCGCAUUUUUCUUCAUCUUACUAUUUACUAACGCAUAAUAAAAUCCUGCUAAAAAAAUAUUUGUUCGUUGACAAUUUGAAACAAACCUUCCAAGUACUUCAAGAACUUAAAUACUCUUUAAUAGAUGAAAAUAAAAGGAUUUCCAAUUUCGAUAGUAACAUAAUGUUGGAUCCAUUCCUUUUGAAUUGUCACUUUGUCCAUCAUGAUUCUUGGGAAGAGACAUUGGCAAUAAUUCACCUUGGACAAUUUAUUUGUGAAAAUGUAUGUCUAUUUAAAUCGCACAUAAAAAAAUCUGGUCAAAUUUUCAGUGUAAAUAUGGAUUCCUUUGUUAUAAGAGCAGCUAAACCUUAUUUGGCCACUACAGGAGCAACUGUUAAUGGUCAUUAUGGAGAAAUCCUUUACAAGGGAGAUAGGUUAGUUACGUUUAUAUAUGAAAAAUCGAGAUCUAGUGACAUAACGCAAGGUCUUCCAAAAGUGGAACAAAUCUUUGAAGCGCGUUCAAUUGAUUCAUUAUCCCCCAAUCUCGAAAGGAGAAUUGAGGAUUGGAAUGAGCGUAUACCAAGAAUUCUUGGGGUCCCUUGGGGAUUCUUGAUUGGAGCUGAGCUAACCAUAGCCCAAAGUCGUAUUUCUUUGGUUAAUAAAAUCCAAAAGGUUUAUCGAUCCCAAGGGGUACAGAUCCAUAAUAGACAUAUAGAGAUUAUUAUACGCCAAGUAACAUCAAAAGUGCGGGUUUCCGAAGAUGGAAUGUCUAAUGUUUUUUCGCCUGGGGAAUUAAUCGGACUAUUGCGAGCGGAACGAGCAGGGCGAGCUUUGGAUGAAUCGAUCUAUUAUCGGGCAAUCUUAUUGGGAAUAACAAGGGCUUCCCUGAAUACCCAAAGUUUCAUAUCUGAAGCAAGUUUUCAAGAAACUGCUCGAGUUUUAGCAAAAGCUGCCCUACGAGGUCGCAUUGAUUGGUUGAAAGGCUUGAAAGAAAACGUAGUUCUGGGGGGGAUUAUACCUGUUGGUACCGGAUUCCAAAAAUUUGUGCAUCGUUCCCCACAAGACAAGAACCUUUAUUUCGAAAUAAAAAAAAAAAAUCUAUUCGCGUCGGAAAUGAGAGAUUUUUUGUUUCUCCAUACAGAAUUAGUUUCUUCAGAUUCUGACGUAACAAACAAUUUUUAUGAGACAUAAAAACCCCCAUUUAACAUUUAACCCUAAGGAUACAUAAAACAUAUUUUUUACUUUACUAGACUUUUGAACUUAGAACACUAACAGGUUAAAUUUUAGAUUUUUAAGAUUUUUAUUUUAAUAAGUAAAACAAGUCAGUUAAUUCAUUAAAUUAAGGUUUUGUUUAUACCAUGUAUCAAUGUAUCAAUGGCCAACUCUUAGUACAAGGUUCUCUCAGAACAAUUAUUAUUUUAUUUAUUUCAAGCUAUUUCGGAUCUUUCUUAAUCUUCAAAAAGAAAUAAAUUCCGUAAUGGAAUGUUAGGAUGAAAAAAAAAGGAAGUGUGGAAAAAAUGACAAGAAGAUAUUGGAACAUUAAUUUGAAAGAGAUGAUAGAAGCAGGAGUUCAUUUUGGUCAUGGUAUUAAGAAAUGGAAUCCUAAAAUGGCCCCUUACAUUUCGGCAAAGCGUAAAGGUACUCAUAUUAUAAAUCUCGCUAGAACGGCCCGUUUUUUAUCAGAAGCUUGUGAUUUAGUUUUUGAUGCAGCAAGUCAGGGAAAAAGUUUCUUAAUUGUUGGUACCAAAAAAAGAGCAACAGAUUUAGUAGCAUCAGCUGCAAUAAGGGCUCGUUGUCAUUAUGUUAAUAAAAAGUGGUUCAGUGGUAUGUUAACGAAUUGGUCGAUUACGAAAACUAGACUUUCUCAAUUUAGAGACUUAAGAGCGGAA